AUGCAAACCAACGUUCUCGCCGUUCCGUUCCGCAAGGGAACCCAGCUGUCGCUGUCGGCAGCUAUCCGGCAGUACAUAUCUACCAAAUAUGACCAGCAUCCGGAUAUGUUUCGGCAAGACCUUGAGGUGAUCGAUGCUUUGAGGCGCGACGCUGUAAACGUGCGCGAGCCACAUCCUAGCGGCGUCGCAAGAUUGCAAGCCUACGCUGGACAGCUGGUCUGGAUCGGUGGAAAGUUUCCUAUAGAUAUCGGCGCAGACUUCACGUGGUAUCCUGCCUUGGGUUACAAUACCGAACGACCUAUAGUACAUAAUAAUCUAAAAUUCGAACUUUCCAAUAUCCUCUACAAUAUCGCCGCGUUAUACUCUCAGCUAGCCAUAGCUGGCAAUCGAUCUAGCACGGAUGGACUCAAAAUCGCUGCGAGCUAUUUCAGCCAAUCGGCAGGUAUUUUGACACACUUGAAGAAUGAUGUUAUACCUGAACUGCGAACCACUCCCCCGGAAGAUAUGGACGAACAUACAUUAGACUCGUUGAUAAAGCUGCAGUUAGCUCAAGCUCAGGAGUGUUUUUGGCAGAAGGCCGUUAUGGACGGCUACAAAGACGCAUCGAUCGCGAAGCUAUCCGCCAAGGUGUCAGAUCUAUACAAUGAAGCGGGUGAAGCAGCAAUGAGGUCGGAGGCCAUAAGUAGUAGUUGGAUUCACCAUAUGAGUGCGAAACACCACCACUUUGCUGCCGCUGCUCAAUAUCGCGCUGCCUGUGAUUGCCUCGAAAAGCGAAGGUACGGUGAGGAGGUAGCAAGACUGCGCGAUGCUGUUGCGUGUGUGACGGAAGGACUUAGGGAGAGUCGUGGUGGUUACCUACACAAGGCAGUAGUGGAAGACUUAAAUGGACUCAAGAGAAGAGUAGAGGAAGAUCUGAAGCGGGCGGAAAGAGACAACGACGUGAUAUAUCUAAAUCCAGUACCACCAAAGCCAGAACUCAAGAUCUUAGAUCGAGCCACUAUGGCAAUCGCACGAAUACCACCACAAGUGUCAGCACCAUUGGAUUAUCUGAGUGAGAAGGGGGAGUUCGGCCCCCCUCUCUUCACGAAGCUUGUUCCAUAUUCCGUUCAUAUUGCCGUCUCUAUCUACGAAGAACGAAGGGAUCGUCUUGUCAACCAAAACAUUAUCGAAAAACUCGAAACAUUGAACGAGAGGAUUCAUGAGAUUUUAUCAUCACUCAACCUCCCCGGCUCACUCCAGGCCUUUGAAAAGCCACUUGGUCUACCAGGAACACUCGUUCAACACGCCGAGGAAAUUCGUCAAGCGGAUGCCUUAAAUCGGUUACAGAGAAGCUUUGCGGAUAUUGAUAAACUGCGAGCUUCCGAUUUAGCCGUAUUUGAGGAAGGAAAAAAUCUACUACAAACAGAAGAGGAUGAAGAUAUUCAAUUGCGUAGGAAGUACGGCACAGAUCGAUGGGCCCGACCCGAAAGCCGUUUUGAGCCUGACCAAGGUUUGAAACUCUGGAACCAGGUGAAAGAUGCAGAAGGGUGGUUUGCGAAUAGCGAAAGCAGCGACGCGGUCGUACGUGACAAGUUUCAUGGCAUUGAACCCACUUUGGCCGUUCUCAAUGGUCCAGAUCGUGGCAUAUUGGACUAUGUGCCCUCAUCCCGUCGCACCGAAAUUCCAGAAACGCUCAAACCUUCGAUUGGCCGUUUACGCACAGCUUAUAAUAAUAUAACUCGUCUUGAGGGUCGUCGUCGUCGAAAGGCCGAGGUUCUUCGUGAGAAAGCCCGCAGCGACGACAUCAAGUCCGACAUUCUAGCCGAAGCGGCACGUCUAGAGCGCUCCCAGGCAGUAGCAACCGCUAUCGUUCCUGCGCACUUCGAAGAGUUCUUCGAGAAACGCCUAGACUCGCGCUACGAACCCGAUAUCGAGCUCGUGCAAGCAGAGGGCACCGAACAGGAGAAGCUUGUCACGGAACUGAUAAGAGUAAACCGUGAAUUCGAGAGCCAGAAGAAGAUGGUGGGCGACAAGGGUAACAGAGAAAGGGAACAGGCUCUUCAAAAGCUGGAGAACGCAUAUUACAAAUAUAAGGAGUUGGUUAGCAACGCGGAGGCCGGGCGCAAGUUCUACAACGAUCUCAGCCGUAUAGUAGGUGGUUUUCGAGACGGCGCCCGGAACUUUGUAGCGGACAGGAGACACGAGGCGCGCUUGCUCGAGGACGAGCUAAACAUGCCGCCGCUGGGCAACCUGAGCUUAGGCAGCCAGCAAAGCCACAUGCAGCAGCCAGUCCCGUCAGCUAGCUCUUCCUCAUACGGUCUAGACGACGGCACGAGCUACCAGACCCAACGACAGCAACAACAACAGCCUCAGAACUCAUUCAUGUCGCCCCCCGUCCAGCCUAGACAACAAGUCCAAAGCCCCCCCGAAGCACGCAUCCAAUCGUGGGCGCCGGCCGCGGAGACAGUGGCGCCGCAGCCGCAGCCGCCGAGGGCGAACCCUAUGCAGGGUGUUUGGAACCCCGGCGCGGGCAUCAAGUUCGCCAGCCCGUCGCCUGGGGCGGAUGGCGCGGGGAGUGCUGCUCAGCAGGAUAAGAGAGCUGUCAGUGGGACUUGGGAUAGGAAUGGUGCGAUUCGGUUCGGUUAG